AUGAUUGAGACCCGACUGAGAAGUGUUUUUCCUCGCCGAGUCGUCUUCUCUCGUCUCUCCUCUUCCAUUCCAUUCCGCAGCUCUGUUCUCCCAAAUCAAUUCACUACCGCCGCGGCGCCGGAUCCAAGAGGAGAGGAAGAUGACUGUGGGCAUGAUCAACGCAAACCCGGUGGUGCACGAGCGGCCGGAGCGCGCCGCAAGCCCCCCCACGCCGCCGACGCGCUCGACCCGCUCGAUGUCUUUGAUAUUGUGCGGGACAUCAAGGACCCGGAGCACCCGUACUCCCUGGAGCAGCUCAGCGUGCUGUCGCAGGAGUCCGUCUCCGUUGACGAGAAGCUCGGACGCAUCCAGAUAACCUUCACCCCAACUGUGCAGCACUGCAGUAUGGCCACAGUCAUUGGUCUGUGCCUCCGACUUAAGAUGCAGAACUACCCUCCACAUUUCAAGGUUGACAUCAAAGUUGCUCCAGGAUCUCUUGCUAAUGAAGAAUCAGGUGUGUACACUGACAAGUUUCUAAGGCUAAUAUCUAAGAAGUAA